AUGAGAAGUUUUGUGAUAUCCCUGGUUACCGUGCUUCUUGCGUGUACAUACGCUACCCCACCCCCUUUGUGGGGUCCGUUUGAACCUUUCCCCAGACCACCACCAUUUAAAAACCCAUUACUCCCUCCUUGUUUAAUGAUGUCCAGGUGUGUCUAUGUGAUUUCUGUUGACUCUGAGGGAGCAACUAGCUACAGCAAUGUAGAAGCUCAUUCCGGCAGUGUCGCUUCUGGAGGAGUGACAGGCUCAACCUUUGGAAACGGCGCGUUGAGUGCAGCUAAUCUAAGACCGUGUGGACCCUUGAAAGCGCUGUUUCAUGGAUGCUGAACAUGUCA